AUGAGCGGACCUGGUGCUGGAUUUGAGUAUCCUACAAAGGAAGUCGCCUGGUUGAAGCGUGACGUCCUGCUCUUUGCAAACAGCAUUGGCUGCACAGCUGAUGAGCUGCACUUCCUCUACGAACUGCACCCAGACUUCGCUGUCUUCCCUACAUAUCCAAUCAUACUCCCUUUCAAAUAUACAAGCCAAGAAGUGAUCGACUUCUACGCCGCACAAAAAGCCACUCCUAUCCCAGAUGUCCCCAAAUUUGACUACACCCGCGUUGUUGACGGCCAACGCUUGAUAACAUUUCUCAAGCCGUUUCCUACAACAUCGGAAGGCAGCACUUUCGAGUUAAAAUCCAAGGUACUUGGUGUCUACGACAAGGGAAAGGCUGGCACAGUGGUUGAGACCCAACAAGAAAUUGUGGACAAGAAGACUGGAGAGGUUUACAGCAGAGCUGUUGGCAGCGGAUUCUUUGUCGGGCAAGGUGGCUGGGGUGGGCCUAAGGGUCCUGCGACGAAGAGCUUUCCUCCUCCCGAGGGAAAAAAGCCAGAUGCUUCUGUUAGUCAUCAGUUGACUGCUGAGUCGGCGUUGCUUUAUAGACUUAACGGUGACUACAAUCCUCUCCACGCCACACCUGAGCCAGGAAAGCAGAUGGGCUUUGGUGGUACUAUUAUGCACGGCCUUGCAUCGUGGAACUUUGCAGCUCACGGUCUUCUCAAGGCCAUCGGAGGCAGUGACCCAAAAAAUAUCAAGGAGUUCCAAGCGAGAUUCGCAUCCCCCGUCAAGCCUGGAGACAAGCUCAUCACUGACAUUUGGAGAACUGGACAUGCGGAGGGUGAUUGGGAAGAAAUUAGAUUUGUCACUCGAGUGGAGGGUGGCAAGGUUUGUUUGAGCAACGGGCGAGCUCUCAUGAAGCCUGUUGCCGGGAAAAGUAAGCUGUAA